AUGGUUGAUAGUAAUAACGAUACGAUUAGUAUUCAGUUAGACAAAUUUAUUUCUGAAGUUCAUACUUGUAUAGAUAAAUGUCAGACAUUUCAGUCAGUACCUGGAAUGCCAAAAUUAGAACGAAAAUUUCAAGCUGAAAAAAAAUUUCUCAAAUCUCUUCGUGAUGGAAGACGUGUUGUAAAUGAAAAUUACAUGAGAAGUUCAAAUUUGACACAUUUAAAAUCAAUUAUUGAACAAGUUGAAGAAAUUGGAAUUAAUGAAGUUGAUGGUAUUUUAGUGCCAUUUAAAAAUCGUAAAAAUCAACUCCUUAUAUGUGAUAUUUUGUACAAUGAAUCUCGAUCAUGGAUGAAAGUCAUUUCACGCAAUGCUCAAGCGUUACAUCUCAUCUGGCGUGGCAAUGGUCUUUACGGUAUGCGAAGUAUUAUUAGUCCCAUGAAACAGUAUCUUGAAACGGCAAAAGACAAUCCGAUUAACUAUAAAAUACCGGAAAUUAUCUUUUAUUUUGUUCAGGGUGUAACAGUGCCAUUAGCAGAGUUCUUAACAAAUAAUGGCAUCACAAUUAAAGGAUCAAUAGUGGAUGUAAGUGAUGAAAUUGAAAGAAGAUUACAAAUGAUGGAUGACGACUGUAGUGACGAUGAACAAGAACAUGAAGUAGAAGAAGAAGAAAUUAUCGAUCCUAUUGUUGAUUUAAAUUCAUCAUCAUCUACACUUCAAUUGAACGAAACAUCUACAAUAAAACUCAAUCUUGAUGUUAGUACAUUGAUAUCUUUGGCGUCGGAAUUGACAGCUGAUAGUCAUAUACAUAAGUGUCAAAGUUAUUGGUUAGAAGUACCUGCUGAAUUAGAACGAUGUCAGCUUUUAUUACCAUUAUUAGAAGAUUACAUGAAAGGAAAAGAAUUAUACGUAUGUCAAACAGCCUAUGACGAAUUUAAUGAUAUUAUACAAUCAAUAGGAGGCGAAAAUGAGAAGAUACGUGCUAAAGAAUUGCUAGAAAAUAUGACUCUUAUGCCCGAUUGUCCAUCUGAACGUGCCAUGGCAUUACAAGAGAGUGUUAAAAUAAAACCUAAAACAAAAGUAAUUUUUGGAAGUGGUGAUACUAUAAAAGCAAUAACAAUGACAGCAAAUCGAGGAUUUGUGCGCGCCGCAAGUGAACAGGUGAAAUUUUUCUUUUAA